UUGGUUUUUCCGUCAGUGCAGCACAAGCACAAGUUGGCUCCAUCACCCUCUCUGCUGUCUCCAUCUCCACGUGUUAUCUCCCCCAGGCCCCAUCCCACCCUGCGCAUGCGCAAGCCCUCGAUGCGAUGCGUGUUUGCCGCCGGAGACGCCGAAGAGGGGCGGCGCGCAUCUCUGCGCUCCACCUCCGGAGACGGCCACGCACGGCUCUGCUUGCAGAUGCGCGAGGGGUGGAGGUGGAGGGGCUCGCCCACCAUAUGUUCGAGGAAAUGCCUCGCCGAUAUCGGAGCAACUUCUGUUCUGUCUCCAUCUUUGCGGGCUCCAGAAGCAUUAAGCUUGGCUGCUAGAUGGGAAGAAAGGUGAAGCCAAUAUGGACUAUGGUGAUUCGUAGCAGGAAGUGGCUAUCGUGUCGGAGACGAAUCCUAAUAUAGUAUGAAGUGGUCUAAUCAAAUUUCUGUACCCCUUAGAGAAAAGAGGGGAAUUUGGUGGUGGCAUUAUACGGUUCAGAGUGAUUGCAGCCAUCCAAAUUAACACACUUUAUUCGGUGGAGGUGGAUGAUCAACAUGUUCGUGUACUGAGUAAACUGGAUUUUUUUUUAAUCAUCUAUUCGCCACGCGGAGCGCCUUUUCUUGCCGUCUCCCCGCUGCACUAGCUUCCACACAAAGCAGGGCGGCUGGGGCGUUCUUGCUGAUUCUUUUUUUUUUUUGAAAGGCGUUCUUGCUGAUUCACGAUGGAGCUUGUAGCAUACAGAUAAAUCACCAUCCCAUCUUCCGUCAUAUAAUUUGCAAAAGAUUGGGACAGUGAAACUGUGAAAGUGCAUUCCCGGAUUCAAAGCCAAAGACUAACAAAAGUACAUAAUAGUACUGUUCUGUGUCUGUGUGGUCACAACCUAAUAUACAUCUAUUUUCUUUAACAGUGGAGGGAAGACUUCUCUCGGGUCUACUGGUGUCUUAAGUUCUUGAGGGGUGUGUGUGUGAUAAGUAGGCAUGUGGGAGCACUGGGUCCUGCUUCCAACUUCCAAGUCAGUUCCCACAGUUUCACGGGCAGCUGUUAUAAGUUCAUCUGGGGCCUCUGUGUUAGUUGAAGCUAGCUGCUAACAGAGUUGCUUGCUUCCUGCCUUCCUGGUAGUUUCUUUCGGUCUUUCUGAUGCAUCAUCAUUCUCACUUUCUUUGAAUCCAUCUGUUUGGUUUCUCCUUUGUGCAACCACAGUUUCUGCUGCUGCCAACGCCUUGGUGUGGUGAGAAAUGAUGUGGUUAGUUGGCAGUGUGGUGGAUGCUGCGAUAGGAUGCCUGGUGCAAAGCAUCCUUGGGAGCUUCUUCACUGAACAGAUGGAAGCCUGGACUCAUGAAAUUGGGCUUGCUGAAGAUAUCGAGAAGCUUGAGUUUGAGAUGAAGGCUGUGGAGAGGGUGCUUGCUGCUGCCGAAGGAAGAAGUAUUGACAACAAGCUACUAGCCCAAUCACUGGGAAGUCUAAGAGAUCUGCUUUAUGAUGCGGAAGACGUUAUGGACGAGCUCGACUACCACCGGCUCAAACAUUGGAUCGAAAAAGGUGAAGGCUCCAGUGCUGCUGCUGAUAAUAAUCCUGGGACAAACUAUGCUGCUUCAUCCAUUUCAUCUUCUGCUUAUCAACUAAUAUGCAGUGCAAGACAAAAAAUUACUAGCUGGAUCUCAUCUGGCAGAAAAAGGAAGCGAGAAGAGGAAGAGCCAACUGAUAGCACCAUGCUGCCUCAUGAUAUCAAACGUGACAUUUCUAAGAGGAUCAAUAGAAUAGUGAACAAUUUGCAGAAAACUGGCAAUUCUGUUAGUGGGGUUCUUCAGCUAGAGAUCCCAUGCCGAGGUUUGACAUCAAAUCAGAGGCACAGAAUGGCCAGGAACACACGCCUGACAACUUCUGUUCCUAUUGAACCCAAGGUGUAUGGGAGAGAUGCAGAUAAGGACAGGAUAAUAGAGAUGUUAAUAAAUGAGGGAUCUAGUGAUCUCCUUGUCAUACCAAUAGUUGGCAUUGGUGGUAUUGGAAAGACAACACUUGCUAGAUUUGUAUACCGAGAUCAAAGGAUUAUUGAUCAUUUUGAUUUGCAAAUAUGGAUUUGUGUAUCCACUAACUUCAAUGAAGUAAGGCUAACGCUUGAGAUCUUAGAGCAUGUAUGUAAGGAUAGACAAGAGUACAGAGAUGUUAGCAAUUUCAAUGUACUACAGGAGAUUCUUUUGAAGAAUAUUAGAGAUAAAAGAUUUCUUAUCAUAUUGGAUGAUAUGUGGGAAGACAGGGACAGUAGUGGAUGGGAUAAGCUGUUAGCUCCAUUGAAAUGUAAUCAAGUAACCGGUUGUGCGGUGCUAGCAACAACUCGAAGAAGCUCGGUUGCACAAAUGAUAGGAACAGUGAAUGCAUUCCAAAUCAGUGGUCUGGACAAAAAGGAGUUUUGGCUGUUCUUCAAGGCAUGCGCAUUUGGUAAUGAGGCCUAUGAGGGUCAGCCUAGUUUGCAAUCUAUUGGGCAAAAAAUUGCUAAAACACUAAAGGGCUGCCCACUAGCAGCAAGAAGUGUCGGUGCACUUUUGAACAGAGAUGUUAGUUAUGAACAUUGGAGGACAGUUCAGGACAAAUGGAAGUCUCUUCAAGUAAAAGAUGAUGACAUUAUACCCAUCCUGAAGCUUAGUUACGAUUAUCUACCUUUCCACCUUCAGUGUUGUUUCUCCUAUUGUUCUCUGUUUCCAGAGGAUCACUGGUUUAAUGAAGAAACUUUGGUCCAGGCUUGGAUAUCUCAAAAUUUUGUUCAAUAUGAAGAUACUGGAGCGGGAUUGGAGGAAACUGGGUUGCAAUAUUUGGCUAAUUUAGUAGAUUUUGGAUUUUUCCAAAAAAUUGGCUCACACUAUGCUAUGCAUGAUCUAAUGCAUGAAUUAGCAGAGCAGGUUUCAUCAAAUGAAUGCGCUAAAAUAAAUGGAAUUCAGCUUAAUGUAAUUCCACCAAACAUUCGACAUUUGUCCAUCAUAACCACCAGCCAUGAAAAUGAUGCUCCUGAGGAUUUUCUCAUUGAGAAAUUUGAGGAGAUACUACAGAAGAUUAGGCCUUUUCAAAAGCUGAGGAGCUUGAUGUUUUUUGGACAGAGUAGCACAAAAUUAUUAAAUCCCACACUUACUUUUUGCAAAGAAGCAAAAUGUUUACGGUUGUUAAGAGUUUAUGUCUCAAAUGCUGGCAUCAACUCUUUACAAAAUUCGUUAAAUCCAUAUCAUCUGCGCUAUCUUGAAUUUAUUGGUGCAUAUGGGGAUGUCGUUCUUCCUCAAGCUUUGACCAGUUUUUAUCAUCUUCAAGUGUUGAAUGUGGGCAUUCAUGGAAGUCAUGAUGUACCUACUUCUAUGAAUAAUCUAGUUAAUCUUCGUCAUCUUAUUGCUCAUGACAAAGUGCACCGUGCGAUAGCUGGUGUUGGCAACAUGUCAUCACUUCAAGAACUAAAUUUCAAGGUUCAAAAUGUUGGCGGUUUUGAGAUAAGACAACUCCAAUCCAUGAAUAAGCUUGUAACUCUUGAGAUCUCUCAUCUUGAAAAUGUGAAGACUAAAGAUGAAGCCAGUGGGGCCAGACUUAUAGAUAAAGAGUACCUUAAAAAGUUGUCCUUAUCAUGGAAUGGUGGCAGCGUGAGCCUUGAACCUGACAGAUCAAAAGAUGUGCUUGAGGGUCUUCGACCACAUCAUAAUCUGAAAACUCUAAGUAUAACUGGGUACAGUGAUCCUAACUCUCCAACAUGGCUUUCUAGUAAUCUCUCGGUUACAUCACUGCAGACAAUUCAUCUUGAGAAUUGCAGGGAGUGGAAAAUUCUUAGAUCUCCUAAAAUUCUUCCUUUGCUUAGGAAACUGAAAUUGGUCAAGAUGUUUAAUUUGGUUGAACUCUCAAUUCCUUCCUUGGAAGAGUUGGUCUUAAUUGAGAUGCCAAAGUUGGAGAAGUGCAUUGGUACUUACGGGAUAUAAUUGACUGCUGAUCUCAGGGUAUUGACUAUUAAAGAUUGCCCUCAACUGAAUGAGUUCACUCCUUUCGGGGCCGAGCAGUGGUUUCCGUCUCUCAGAGAACUCACCAUUGGGUGUUGUCCUCAUAUAAGCAAGUGGGAAAUACUUCCACUGAGGGAAAUGCAUGCGCUCAAGAGUUUGGAGUUAAUAGACCUCCAUGCUGUCAGACAGUUGGAAGUCCCUUCCCUGCAGAAGUUAGUGUUGAUUAACAUGCUAAUCCUGGAAUGUUGCAGCGGGCUAACAGCUUCAACUGUGCAAAUGUCCACUUCCCAAGGGGACAAGGAGUGCCUAUCUGGUCUCCGUGAACUCACUAUUCAUGAUUGUCCUUGUUUGGUACUGUCAUAUCCUCUCCCGCCUUCUGCUCUGACGUCCCACUUCUCUAUCAAGGGGAUUCCAACAUAUCCAACAAUGGAAAAAGAAUAUGGGCAGCUCAGCAUAACAUCUGAUGAGUUGAUUAUGCUUGAUGACAAGAUCUUAGCAUUCCAUAACCUCAGGGGCAUUGAAUCUUUGUUUAUAAAAGAUUGUCCUAAUUUAGUCUCUAUAUCUAGUGAAGGUCUCAAUCAGCUCAUCGAUUUAGAGGGCUUAUAUGUAACAGGUUGUCCUAAUUUCACCAUGACAAGCGGCCUUGUCCUCCCAUCUGUCAGAUUUCUCUCCCUUCAGUCAUGUGCCAUAUCAGGGAGUUGGCUAACGGAAAUGCUUUCGCAUGUGCGGUCUCUCAAGACUUUGAAAUUACAUGACUGCCCACAAAUAAAAUUUCUAUCCUUCAGUGAACCUGCAGCAAUGGAAGGUGCCAGCAGUUUGGGUUCAGCAGCAACGCACUCUGAUAGGGAUGAACAGCUGUUGAAAAUUCCAUCUAAUAUCAUCCAUUCUCUAAGAGAUCUAUUUAUUUCUAACUGCCCUGAUCUAGAGUUCGGAGGAGAAGAGGGAGCCCUCCGAGGAUACACCUCUCUUGAAUCCAUUAAAGUUCAGAGUUGCCCCAAACUGAUACCAUUGUUGGUGAGUGGUAAGAUGGAGGUUGGAUCGCUGCCACCAUCUCUACGAAGCUUAGAUAUUGAUAUGGAUCCUGAGCUGUCUACUGUAUGGGAUCUCAAACUGCAGGAGCUUGAACAGGGUGUUAAUCAGGUUCCACCGCCACCUCCAUCACUUGAUACACUCUGUAUCACGAAUCUCACAGUUACAGUCCCGUCUGCUGUCCUUCCUCCCUACCAUCACAACAUUAGUCAUAUCGGCAAGUCCAGAGUUGACAUCUCUACAGCUGGGAUACUCCAAGGCACUGGAAGAGUUGAUAAUUGUAGACUGCGAGUCACUUGCUUCAGUCGAGGGCUUUGGAUCCUUGACAAACCUUAGGUCCUUGACAGUAUAUGACUCACCCAGCUUGCCUAGAUGUUUUGAGAUUCUGUCACAACAGCAAGGGGCCUCUGAGAUCUUGUCCCGACUGGAUAAUCUUCAGAUCGGUGAUGGCUCUAUCCUUACAGUGACCCGCUGCAAACAGCUCAUUCUCUGGCAAGCAUAUCCUUCUGGCCUGCACGAAGCAAGCGUGGUGCGACGAUGAUGGGUCUGACAGAGGAACAAGAGAGAGCGCUCCAGCUUCUGACAUCCCUCGAAUAUCUCAUAUUUUGGCACUUGCCGAAUCUCCUGUCACUUCCUGCAAAUCUAGCAAGCCUUACCUCCCUCAAGUGGUUACAUAUCGGUGACUGUCCCCGCAUCACAAGGCUGCCAGAGAUGGGCCUUCCACUUUCACUGACACAACUGUAUGUAAGCGGUUGCAGUGAGGAGCUACAUAUGCAAUGCCGAAUUUAGCGGUCCGUAUCGAUGGUGAAUUAGUUGAUAUAAUCAAUUGAGGUAUGUUGCCGGUGCAUUUUGUCUAAAGGGAUAACUGAUAGCACCUCACACUUCUCUUGCCUAAAGUAAUUAACUGGAGUGGUACAGGAAUUUGUACUUAUUGAUGCUAUCUGCUCUGCAAUCACUUCCUUCGAUCGGCGCAUAUAUAAUAUACAUGGACUUCUCAAUGUGUUAUUCCUUUGGCAUCAGAAAGACCUUGCUAAAAGUUAUGGUUGCGAUGAUCCGGGGCAGAUGAUAUGACAACUUUUUUCUCAUACUUGUGCAUCUCCUGGGUAGGCGUUUGCCAAAUAAGCAUACAUGGAUUUUGCAGACAAUGGUUCCUCGUCGAAAUCAUUUGAGCUGAAUGGAUCUUAUCUCGGUGGAUUCAACAGUUAGUGAUGACGAUUGGAUAACAAUUUGAACCGAUUUUGUUCUAGUGACGUACCAAUCGCUUCCCCUUAUGUGACUCCAGUGAUUUGCAAAGGAUUUCUUGUGGACCACCAGACCGUUAUGUUCCGUUACCUGUUACUCCCUCUGGCAUACACUCACGAGCACGACUCGUAUGGCCGCUCUUAUAGGCCUGAAGUGGUCGGCGAGCGGCGAGCCAACGACGAGGAAAGCCACUAGCCCACCACUACCUCAUGCCGGCCUGCCCGGUCCUCGCCGACGAGGACGCUGCCCGAGGUCCGGUGCGCAAACGGCUUCUGGGUUCUAUGUCUCCGUCGCCGUUCGUCCCCGGCGGCGGCGGCGUGCCAUCUCCUCUGCUGCUGGAGCGCUAGGCAAUGCGACCGCGGCGGCGCGGCCACCGUUUGUCAGACACCAGCGCGGGCCUAUCCGCCGCCGAAGAGGGAGAGCAUCACUGCGCUCCAAAUCCGAUGCUGGCCACGCGGAUGAGGACUAUCCGCCGCUGAAGCGGCGUGCAUCGCCGCGCUCCAACUCCGGCGCCGGACGCGGGCAUGGAGCCUUCAGGCCUGGUACCUGUAACGGGAGAUCCGGAGAUGACGGUGCCCCCUCCAUAUGUUCGAGGAAAUGCCUGGCCGAUACCGUUCAAGCAGAGUGCUGGUACACCCAGUGCAGGAAAGAAGACGACAUUCGGUGACGACGACUAAGCAACAAUUUGAGCCGAUUUUGUUCUAGUACUGUAGUAAUCUCUUCCCAACCACAUACGCAAUUCUAGUGAACCGCGAGCCGCAAAUGCUACCCACAGACUGUUAAAUUCUAGUAGUAUUGUCAUGUUGGGAGUUGGGACCGUGUUGAUAAAAUUGCCCGACGGUUUUGGCCAUUUUGGAACCUCUUGAGUCUUGACUUACGCCAUCAUUAUCGUCAUAAUAUAAUUCCUUGUGGCUUCAUGGCACGUUUACUGCAUCAGAAAGUUCAAGUU